CGUUAGCUGUGACGUCACUGCCUACGACAGUGGCGCGGCAUAUGUUGCUCACGAGAAAUUAGUUUCACAUGUACAUUAGGAAGGAAUAAACUCGAAUAAGACAUAUAUUAGAAAAGCAGCAACUUAUCUGCUCCAAAAUGAGCGACGACACAGACUCCCCUCCUGAGAGGGAAAUGAAGGACUUUCAAUUUCGUCAGAUGAAGAAAGUACGCGUUUUUGAACCUGCUGAGGAUUUGCCAAAAGAAAGAUCCAGUCUGCUCACCACGUCAAAUAAAUAUGGCUUCACUUUUGUUGGGCUUAACAGAACAUUCAAAGUUUACCUAACAAAAGAUAUUCUGGCAGCAGAUAAGGUUGACGGCAACGCCAAUGAAAUAAUUGAUGGGAUAGAAGCCUUGGCAGAGGUGACCGUUUUAAUGGAUCUUCAUCACUUGGCUCUUAGCUGUGAUGAACUUACUUUGUCAGUAUGUGGCACGUCUGAGGAGACCGGCUUGUCCCUCACAUUCUAUGAUGUCCGCACCCUCUUGAAUAAGACAUCACAGAGGCUGCCUUUUGCAUCCCUGCACCGAGACAUACCCUCCAGCACUUUGGUGCAGGACCUGAAAUGGAAUCCUGCUCAAGCAUCCACGUUGGCGGCCUGUCUGUCUGAUGGCAGUAUGAUGGUUAUGGAUGUUACUAGUGAUGUCAAAGUGCUGGCUGAACUACCUGCCUCAAGUGGGAUCACAUGCCUUUGCUGGAGUCCUAAAGGAAAGCAAGUUGCUGUUGGAAAAAUGAAUGCCACAGUCAGUCAGUAUACACCAGCACUAGAAGAAAAGAAGGUUAUACCAUGUCCUCACUUCUACAUUUCUACUACUGAGGAAGCUGUCAAAGUUCUAGAUGUGCUCUGGCUGAAAACCUAUGUGUUUGCAGUGGUAUAUGCUGCUGCAGAUGGGUCUCUUGAGACCCCUCCUGAGCUAGUGUUUAUCUCUCUCCCUAAAAAAGAGGAGAGGGUGGAGACAAAGUAUGUGAACUUUAGUGACACAGUGUAUGGCAGCUGCACUGAGCGACAGCACCAUUACUUCCUCAGCCAUGUAGAGGACUGGGAACUUGUGUUUGCAGCAUCAGCAGCUUCUAUCGAUGUCAGUGUCAUAGCCAAACAAGAUGACAAGAUUUGGGAGCUUUGGAUUUUGGAAGAUGCAAGCAGAGCUGAGCUUCCAGUAAGUGAGACGAAUGAAGACACGCUGCCCCUUGGCUUAGCCAUCGACUACACCAGCCAACAAGAGAUCCACAUUACCGAUGAGAAGAUCUUACCCCCAGCGCCGACUAUGCUAAUGCUGUCAACAGAGGGGAUACUCUGUCCAUUUGCCCUUCUCAACCUAAAUCCUGGGGUUAAACAGCUGGUCUCACCUCCAACCCCCCUCACCCUCGAGGGCGAGAGACUGCCCAAAUCAGGUUCUUUGGCAGCUAAGCCACCCAAAGCCGCUGCCUCUAUCCCAUCAGGCCCAGCACUGUUCCCAAACCUCAGUCUUUCUUCAGCAGCUGCUUCCACUCCCCCUGCUAUCGGUGCCUCUCUAUCUGCUAGCCCAUUCAGCGUAGUUCCUGCAGCUCCCGUGUCAUCUUCAUCUUCUAGUUUUGUUUUCUCAGUCCCCACUACGAGCAGCACCUCAGGCCCUUCUGCUUUCUCCCUGGGUGGAUCCACACUUUUUGGUUCAGGAUCCUCAAGUUUCUCCUUUGCAUCCAAACCUGCCUCAGAUGCACCCUCAGCACCUUUAGCAUUUUCAGGCUUCUCUAUUAAACCUGCUCCUACUCCAACUCCAACUCCAGUUUUACCUGCAACAACAGCUCCAGCUCCAGCUCUGUCUACAACAGCAGCUGCAGCUCCAUCUCUAGCUUUUCCUACAAUUCCAGUUCUAGCUCCAACUCUAGGUUUACCUAUAACACCAGCUACAGCUCCAACACCCCAAAGCAUUACCACUGCUUCUCAACCUACAGUAAAACUGAAUUUAAAUGAAAGGUUUACAGCAGUGGAGACCCCAGCCCCAGCUCUACAGUCUUUUACUUUCAAUUCCCCACUGCCUAAAACCUCCAAUUCCAGCAGUCUGACAACCACUCAAAUCCCAGCAACCAAGCCACCAGCUGUGUUAGCGCCAGUGCGCCCUGUUCAAACCAGCACACCACCCACAAUGAUCCAAAAACCUGCCCCUUCUGCCCCGGCCAGUGCCCAAACUCCACAGGCAACUGUGAGUGUGAGGGCCUUGGAAAAGCAGCUACAGCAAAAGAAAGAUUUGGAUCCCAUUAUGGCUGGUAUAUCGGAGGAGAUUGCACACUUCCAGAAAGAGUUAGAUGAUCUUAAAGCGCGAAGUGCAAAAGCCGACUUCAAGAUUGGCACCACUGAGGAGAUGAAGCAGCUGAGAAAGGCCUCUGAGGACCUGCAUGUUUUCACCCUGGAGAUCAAGGAAACCACAGAGUCUCUUCAUGGAGACAUUGGGACUCUGAAGACCACCCUACUGGAAGGUUUUGCUGGAGCUGAAGAAGCCAAGGCCCAGAAAGAGCUGAGCAGGGACAGAAAUUACAAACAGCUUCUGUAUAAGAGACCUCUGGAUCCUCGCAGUGAGGAACAGCUUAAGGAGAUUCGAAGGCUGUACCAAUAUGUAACGUUUGCUGUGGAAGAUGUCAAUGAUGUGUUAGAUGUCGAAUGGGAGAAACACCUGGAGAAGAAGAAAAAACAAAAACACAUGGUAGUCCCGGGGCGUGAGGGUCUGUUUACUACACUGUCGAAUAACCUGUACAUCAUCAACCAGCAAAAGAACAGACUGGAACAGUUGACCAAGGAACUCACGUCUCUGCAGCUCUAUAAGACAACCACUGCAGCUAUAAACCACGAGGCUGCAAGAGAAACACCGUCUGGCCUGGACAGAGAGCUUGACAGUUUAAGGGAUGCACUUCUGAAAGCCAGGCUGGACUCAACCUCUCCUAAGGCCAAAUCUCCAGCGGUGAAGAUAUCACCAGGGAAACAGUCACAGCUGCGCAACUUCCUCUCAAAGGGGCAGAUGCCUCCUGUCCGCUCUACUGCUCCAGCCAACUUGUCUCGUUCAGCCUUCCUUUCACCUAAAUACUACGAGGACUUGGAUGACGUGAGCUCCACAUCCUCUCUGUCCCAGUCUCUGGACCCUCAUCCAGCUCACUUGGAGUUGGAGGAUGAAGAACUACAGCCACAACCCCUGCCUGUCACUGUUGUGCCUCCAGUACUGUCCACCCCUCGGCACCCCACAGUUGUGAGGACCCCCUCUAUCCAGCCAGGCUUCGGGGGCAUACAGUCAACCCCAUUAAACAAAAUUCAUUCUGUACCGGGUAUGGGUUUUGGACUCAGCCCUAUUGUUAGCCCUGUUCUCACCAAUAAGAUCAACCUCAGCGGCGCCGAUAGCACUGCUCUUGCUACAAAGACCGUAAAACAUGGAGCCCCAGCGACUGAGAGGACCAUACCUGUCACCGUCCCUGCCCAGCAGGCUGCGGCCACUGCAGCACUGCGCAGGCAGAUGGCCAAUCAGAAACCAGCUGUCAUCAGUACGUCUUUGACAGAGUCGACUUUAAAGGUUGUUCCCCAGGUGGUGAAUGUUCAAGAGCUGAAGGACAAAGGACCUGUGCCCAUCUCCACUAUCUCCAGUUCCUCACUACCAGAUCAAGCAGCUCAAGUAUUUGCAACAGUGUCAUCCAAUCAGGCCAAACGAAUUCCUGCGCAGGCUGUCCAGAAGGUGCCCGCUGAAACCACCCCCUCUACAACCACUCCACAGUCAGGCUUCGUCUUUGGUCAACCACCCAAAACUGAUAUUUCUGCAACCCCUGUUGCUUUAGCAGAGCAACAUACCAGCAAGGGCUUUUCUUUUACUUCAGGGUCUGCUGGUUUCAGUUUUGCUUCAGUUUCACAGGGAGCUGGAAUGCCCCAAGUGAAGGAUGCAAGUAAAUUCUCCUUUGGAAAUGGCAAGAUAGGGUUUGACCAGACUGUGGAGGAGACAUUCUCCCUCAACUCAAAGUCCAGCUCUGCUCUGGGUACCGGAUCUCCUACCCUGCCUCCAGGCACAUCAGAAGAUGCAGCAAAACCUACCGCUACCACAACUGGCCUCAGGGUAGAGCCACAGCCUCCUAAGACAGUUGGAGGAGAGACACUGGGCAGUUUCUCUGGACUGCGUGUGGGCCAAGGAGAAGAAGCUAAAGAGUCAAAACCUGCUGCUUCCUCAUUUACCUUCGGUGAGCCUGGAUUUGGUGUGAGCAAGGGAACAGUACAGUUUAGCUUUGGUGCAGGUCUUCAAAAGUCUGCUGAAGAUUCUACAGGAGCAGACGUGGCCAAAGGAGUAACUUUGAGCAGUCUGUUGAAGCCUUCUGAAUCAAAUACCAAGCCAGCUUUCUCCAUUCCCCAGCCUGCCUCGUCUGUCUCAGCUCCUACAUACUUUGCUCCUACUACUUUCAGUAGUCUGCUUACAGCAUCUUCAGAUUCCUCUGAAGAACCAAAAGCUACUCCACAACCCUCAGAGUCAACACCACCCCCCGAAAAAGAUCUAGCUCCUAAACCUGCUGUGGAAAGCACCAGCCCCCCUGCAGUAAUCGAGUCUGCAGGAAAUGUGGUCCCCCCAGUCUCCACACCAGCAUCCCCACCACCAACACCUGCACUUCCUUUGGCCACAAAUGCUUCUAUACCAGACUCCUCUUCUUCAAGCUCUGCACCAAGUGAAGCAAUUCCUUCAGCAGCUGCUCCCACAGUAGAAGCCACUGUCAUCAGCUCCACCACCUCUGUUCCUGUCCCCACCUCAGCUGCUGCAGCUCCAGCUCCUGCUGUUGCACCCACCUCUCAGAUAGCUCCCACAGCAUUUCAGGUGCCCAUUUCUGAAAAGCCGGGUUCUAUUUUUACCCAGCCUGCUCCUGUAACAACAGACAGCAGCUCCAUUGGAGGCGCACCAGUUAUCAACACAGUCACCACUGCAGCCACCACUGCCACUCCUGCCGUUGCUAGUAGCACAGCAACUACUCCUACUAGCACUGUGUUUGGGCAACCUGCAGCACCUCAAGUGUCCUCACCCCCCUCCGCCCCCUCGGUCCCCUCAGCCCCAGCAUCCACAGGCUUUGGCUCAGCUGGCUUUGGUUCACCAGCUGGAACUGGUUUUGGCAAAUCUGUAUUUGGCCAGGUGAGCGGUUUUGGUCAGCUUGCCAGUGGCACAUCUAGUAGCUUCUCCUUCGGACAGUCAGCAUUUGGGGCAAGUUCCAGCAGUGCACCUGCAGGUGGAAGUCUUUUUGGCGCUCCGACUGCUAGCAAUGCAAGCUCCUUCUCUUUUGGCACAAGCAGUGCCAACACAGCCAGUAGCACCGGCACAGGGUUGUUUGGACAAAGCACAGCUCCAGCAUUUGGCCAGAGCUCUGCAUUUGGGCAAGGAUCUGUGUUUGGCAGUAACACCACCACAUCAUCCUCUACUGGAUUCAGCUUCGGGCAACCCUCAGGGUUUGGCUGCUCAACCACCACCCCUGUGUUUGGCCAACAAGCGAGCAGUGGGAGCGUAUUUGGACAGCCGUCAACUGGUGGGAGUCUGUUUGGUUCAAAUACAGCCAAUGCAGCAGGAUCGUCCACCGGUGGAGGAUUCUUUAGUGGUCUAGGAGGCAAACCGAGUGAAGAAGCCGCCAAUAAGAACCCAUUUGGCAGCCCUGCUUCCACUGGAGGGUUUGGCCAGCCUGCUCAGACAGGUACUAGCAGUCUCUUUGGGAAUAGCGGUGCCAAGAGCUUUGGUUUUGGACAACCCUCCUCCUUUGAUCAGAAAGCUAGUGGGACGUUCACCACUGGAGGUGGGAGCGUUGCUUCACAGGGCUUUGGCUCAUUCUCUACUCCAACAAAAUCAGGUGCCUUUGGAAAUGCUCCAGUGUUUGGAAGCCCCCCUUCUUUUGGAGGUUCCCCUGCGUUUGGUAGUGCAGCAUCGUUUGGCUCCAGCCCUUCAUUCAACAGUAAUAUAGGUUCCACAGCUAAUAAAGUAUUCGGAGAGGGAACGGCGGCUUCCAACAUGGGAGGAUUUGGGUUUGCCUCAACUCCCAGCGCUCCCUCCUUCGGGGGUCUAGCCAAUCAGACGACCCCAUCGUUCGGCAGCAUGGCCCAGCAGAGCUCGGGGUUCGUAAGUCAGCCCAGCAGUUUCUCAGGCUUUGGGCAACAGCCACAGACAGGAGUAUUCCCUGGAAACACAUUUGGAAAUGCAAACCAACAAGGAUCACAAGCAUUUGGAGGCUGGAGGAGCUAGUUCUAAUAAACCUCUGCUAGACCCCACUGUUACAAUACGUACUGCAAUCCAACUGUCUUUACUACACAGCUGGAGCAGGUAAAAGGGAAGAAACUGGUAUAUUUAAGGACAAGUAAAAAAAGUAAAUGAGCAAAUUUCCAUGCAUAAUUUUCUGCAGUAAACGCUGGUAUACAAAUCUAUAAUGAUGUAUAUAAGCAGUGGAUUCUCAGCAUGUGGUAAAACAAAUAGAAAACCUCAAAUACUCCUUAUUUAUAAUUUGGAACCAAAUUGAAUUAGCCUAGUCAUUGAUUUGUCCAUUCUUUUUUGUAGACUUUUGUCAGCUUCUUUCUCAGCUUUACAAUAAAAUGAAUGUUCAGUCCUGUAAAUUAUAGGAAACGGUGAAGAUGCAAAGAUUCUAUUUUCCCAUUCUAUUCAUUUUUUUUCUACUAAAUGUCUAUUUGUUAAUUUUUACGCUGAAGAUGGAAAUAAUUCAUUUUUUAAGAAAAGCUAUUUGAAUAAUGUACUCUACAUUUCCUGAUCAAUGUUGCUUGGUUUUACGGCCAUAUCAAUAUGUUCUAUCAUUCUAAUAGAAAUUGUGUUAAGUUCCAAUAAAGUGGGUUUUCUGCAGAAAACUUGGAAGCAA